UAAGACCACAAUCAUGUCGUCGUCCCUCUCAUUUCUUGGAACCACAGCCUCUCCCUUCCACCGCCACAAUUCCCGCCACCCUCAAAAAGCUGCUCGGGCACCCACUCACUUUUCUCCCUCAGCCUCUGGCACUAAUGCUACUAAUACUAGCGCAAAUGAUAAUGGUGAUAAAGAAUCCAUUCUGAGGUUGGACAGAAGAAAUGUUCUCCUUGGCACGUUGGGAGGUCUGUAUGGCGCUGCCGCCCUCGGCCGUGAGAAUAUGGCCGUCGCUUCUCCGAUGCUACCACCGGACCUAUCCAAGUGCAAAACCGCCAAUGCUGGAUCAACAACAGAACCUUUAUGGGUCGAGUGUUGCCCGCCUUACACCGACAACAGCAAGAUCGUCGAUUACAAAUUCCCGACAUCUUCCACGCCACUGCGUGUUCGGAAACCCGCACACAAGUUGAAUGCUGAGGACCUGGCCAAGUACAAGGAAGCCUAUAGACUUAUGAGAGCGCUUGACAAAGAGGAUCCUUGGAGCUUAGAGCAGCAGGCAAAGGUGCACUGCCAGUACUGUAAUGGCGCGUACGACCAGCUGGGGUUCAACGUCCCGGUGCAAGUCCACUUCAACUGGAUAUUCCUGCCGUGGCACCGCUACUACAUCCACUUCCAUGAAAGGAUCCUCGGGAAGCUGAUCGGUGACGAGACAUUGGCCCUACCAUUCUGGAACUGGGACUCGCCGGAGGGAAUGACGAUCCCGCCCAUUUAUCUUCAAGAGGGGUCUCUCAAGGACGAGUUGCGCAAUCCGGCUAACCUAUCGAAGGUGCUGGACUACCAAUACAACCCCGAAGUCCCGACAACGCUCACCGACGAUGAGAUAAGGGUGAAGAACCUGUAUGAGAUGAACAAGACAUAUAAGGAGUCUCUGCCGUUGCCGGAGCUGUUCUUGGGAGAUGCGAUCAGGGCCGGUGAGGAGCCUGACAGCGAUAAGACGAUGGGGCGGAUUGAGUCGAUCCAUAACGCUGCACACCAGUUUGUGGGGCUGCCCGACGCACCAAACCGGGACAUGGGCAACUUCUACUCGUCGGGCUACGACCCGCUUUUCUACAGCCACCAUUCGAACGUGGACCGGAUGUGGCACAUCUACAGGCAGAUGCGAGGAAACAAGGUUGACUUCAACGAUAACGACUGGCUCGACGCAUCCUUUGUUUUCUACGACGAGAACAAACAGUUGGUGCGAGUAAAGGUGAGAGACUGUCUCAAUCCGCAGAAACUCCGGUACACCUUCGAAGACGUGGAACUCCCAUGGGCUGAUCGCAAUAUCAAGAAAAAGGCGGGGAAGACUAAGUCGGGUGCCAAACCCAGAUCCAGAGUCUCGAUGGUCCAAGUAUCCGAGUUCGGACCCGAUCCGAGACCCCUGGAUUCGACCAUCCGGGCUCUGGUGCAGAGGCCCAAGAAGUCCCGAACCAAGAGCGAGAAAGAGGAUGAGGUAGAGGUCCUGGUGAUCAACGGCAUAGAGAUCCCCCACAAUGGACGCGUCACGUUUGAGGUGUACGUGGCAGCGCCUUACGAAGGGAAUUUUGUGGGACCUGACCUAGGAGAGUCCGCAGGAAACUUCAUGAAACUGCCUCACUUCCACAUCCGUAAUAAGGGUGAUUCGGAGAAAAAGAAAUUCAGCCUCAAGUUGGGUAUAUCCCACUUGUUGGAGGAGAUUAAUGCUGAAGGAGCGGAGAAGGUGGUGGUGAGCUUGGUCCCAAUUGUCGGUGAUGUCAGCAUUGGUGGGGUCCACAUCGACCUUAUCAAGGCCGAUUGGAUUGCUUAGAUACGAGUGCCAGCUUCAGUAAUAAAGGGUUUGAUUUAAAAGGUUCCAAGACUCGGUGACUCGGACUGACUCGUUCAGUCCUGAGUCGAGUUGCGACUUGCCCAGGUAUCAGGCACCGUUCCCCCUAUUUUCAAUCAUGAACCGUAGCCCCUAACAGGAUUGAACUUGACCGAGUUCAACCUGAUUCGUAUUAGUCGACAAUCUGUGGUUGAUUUUACUCUGCUUUUCCUAGCUAGUGUCUUGUAGUUGUGUAUGGGACCGCAGGGAUG